CUCUGGUAAAUAUCUAUUCAUCCAUCUUCAACAACCACGCCAAUAACCACCAAUAACCACGCAGCAACUUGCGAUCCUUGACGAGGCUCCCCGCUGCCCCGGAUAAAGGCUGAAGUGAACUCCUGAAUGAGGAGACGAUCUUGACCAUGAUCGUGGAAGAAGGUGCAACCCCGCCAUUGAGCGGGGCAUGGAACCAUACAAAAGGAAAAUUAACCCGUUGCAGAUGAUGGGUUUAGAAUAGCAUCAAUUGGCCGUGUUUAUUGUCUCUUUCUCACGUUCUUGCUAUGAAGCUCUCCUUGAACAUUUGCCUGCUAAUCGCAGGUCUCACACUUGCAGCAGCGUCCAACUCUACCGGAUCCCUUCUACUCACAGAGAAUGCCACCACCACAGCCAACAACGGAUCCCCAGUGGCAAACCCAUCGGCAUUUGCUACGCCCAUUACACUUGAUCUCAAGCAAUACUGGGAUCUCUUCGUGGGCCCAGUUCAGACAGCCACCAUCAAUACAACUGUAGAAGCCACCCCCAUUCCUACCAGUGAAUUGGUUCCUCCACCUCCUCUAUACUAUUCCGCUUUCCCAAGCGGCUACCAGUCCCCUCUGGUAUCAAUGAAUGAGAGCUGGAAAUUCCCGUCUGGCUUUUUCUGGGGGGUUUCAUCUGCGGCAUAUCAGAUCGAAGGUGCAGCACAGGCUGAAGGACGUGGACCUUCAAUCUGGGACGUCUUCACCCACCGAGCUACCUAUCUUACGGUUUCGAAUGAUACGGGUGACGUGGGUGACAACCAGUAUUACCUGUACAAGCAGGAUAUCGCUCGGAUAGCUGCUCUCGGUGUGCCCUAUUACUCUUUCUCCAUCUCUUGGUCCAGGAUAUUCCCUUUUGGUAAAGGACCUGUCAAUGAGCUCGCCCUAGCACACUACGACGAUGUGAUCAAUACCUGCCUCCAAUACGGCGUGAAGCCAAUGGUUACUCUAUAUCACUGGGAUCUUCCAUUGUUCCUACAAAAUUCGUAUGGCGGGUGGUUGAGUGACGAAAUUGUGGACGAUUUCCUCUCGUAUGCCAAGGUAGUUUUCAGUCGAUAUGGAAAUAGGGUAUCUCACUGGUUCACGCUCAACGAGCCUAUCGAAUUUUGCCAGGAAUAUCCAAUGCCAAAAGGCUACUUCACUGCCGUGACCAUUCCCCCUGAGGCCCAGCCGUUUUUCUGUGGUCAUCAUGCGUUGUUAGCACACGCCUCUGCGUACCGUCUAGCAAAGUCCAUGGGUAUAAAUGGAACAAUUUCAUUCAAAAACAAUGGUGGAUAUAAAAUUCCGUUGACAAAUUCAACAGAUGAUGCCUUAGCGACCCAGAGGGCUUGGGAUUUUAAUGAGGGGUGGUUUGCGAAUCCAGUUUUCGUCAAUGGCGAUUAUCCACAAUCGCUGAAAGAUCACGUCUCAACUCUGGGGCUUGAAUUUACCAAUGAGCAGAAGUCAUUGAUAAAUGGUACCGCUGAUAUCUUUGCUCAUGACGCCUACACCUCGUACUUCUACUUCGCACCUGACGUCGGCGUCGCUGACUGCCUUACAAAUUCUUCCAACCCGCUCUACCCUGGAUGCUACAACUCAAGUAACACUGGUCCUACCGGGUGGCUAAUUGGCGCCGCGUCCGACAUGUACUCACCAUGGCUACAGCGUGCGACAGAUUGGGUCCCAGCAUUUCUCCGUUAUAUCCAAGACACCUGGCCCUCUGGUGGUAUUGCCAUCAGCGAAUUUGGCUGGACGGAACCAUAUGAGGAACUCAGAACUCUGAAGGAGGACAUUUUGAGCGAUUAUACAAGGUCUGCUUAUUUUCGAAAUUAUCUGGAAUCCGUUUUGAUUGCCAUAUCGGAAGGUGUGAACGUGGUAGGAUGUCUUGCAUGGUCGAUUAUGGACAAUCUCGAGUGGACCUCUGGCUAUCAUGCGAAGUUCGGGAUGCAGUACGUCAAUUUUACGACGUAUGAGAGAAAUUACAAAGCCUCAUUCUUCGAGUAUGUCAAUACCUUCAAGCUGUAUGCUGAAGAUCCUGUGACACCGAUAUUUGUGGAGUAAGCUUGAAACAUGGAUGCACUAGGAACCAAGGCUGUCCCGGAUAUCUGUGUGUUGCUGAGAUAUGAUGAUCCUUGGUGUCCCUAUUGCUGCUUUGGGGGUCUUUGCUCCGUUCCUCAUGUCCAGCAAGUAUCAGAAUAAAUACCACAGCUCUAUUAGCAUGU